CUCCAAACUUCAACACACGUCCCGAAGCGAAGACCCUUUCGUAAUACAAAACCAAUUUCACAAAAAAAAAAAAAAGACAAUGGCGACUUCUGCUGCGGUUGUGGAUUUGGAAGAUGUUCAGACCGUCGAUCUCAUGUCCGAACUCCUCCGUCGUAUGAAAUGUGCUUCUAAGCCUGAAAAGCGUCUCAUCUUCAUCGGACCACCCGGUUCAGGGAAAGGAACGCAGUCUCCGGUGAUAAAGGACGAGUUCUGCCUGUGCCACUUGUCCACCGGCGAUAUGCUUAGAGCAGCUGUUUCUGCUAAGACCCCUCUCGGGGUUAAGGCAAAAGAUGCUAUGGAUAAGGGAGAGCUUGUUUCUGAUGAUUUGGUUGUCGGAAUCAUGGAUGAAGCCAUGAACAGACCCAAAUGCCAGAAGGGUUUCAUUCUCGAUGGCUUCCCUAGAACUGUUACCCAAGCCGAGAAGCUCGAUGAGAUGCUUAAGAGACGAGGAGCCGAGAUCGAUAAAGUUCUCAGCUUUGCGAUCGAUGAUUCUGUUUUGGAAGAGAGGAUUACCGGGCGGUGGAUCCAUCCCUCGAGUGGCAGGUCCUAUCACACCAAAUUUGCACCUCCUAAAGUUCCCGGCAUCGACGAUGUAACCGGAGAACAACUGAUCCAACGUAAAGAUGACAAUGCCGACGUCCUUAGGUCGAGACUGGAUGCAUUCCACAAGCAGACAGAGCCGGUUAUUCAAUACUAUGCACAGAAGGGAAAACUGGUCAACAUUCCGGCCGAGAAGCCGCCUCAAGAGGUCACCGCAGAGGUGAAGAAGGCGGUCUCUGCAUGACCUUUACCCUCCUUUCCGAAAGAUUUAAUCCUUUUUCUUACGACUUGAAAACGGGUGAGAAGUUUUUGUUCGAUACGUACCUGAGAAAGCCUUGAUCUGUUCCGGCUUGUUUCAAUGCAUUGUGAUAUUUGAUGAUUCAAAUAAAGGUUAUGUCAUUGCCUUGA